AUGGUUCAGAAAUGGACUGACCCGAAUUGGGUGGAAAUAAGUGAUAAGAAUAAAGAGAAUCUGGGGAAGAGUGAGCUUGCAGCCACUGGCACUUCAGCACCUUUGGCCAAGUACAGACAUGAAGAGAUAAAACAAGCUGGAAAAGAACCUGAUCCGAUCGAAAUGUUCGGAUGUUUCCAUGUGAAGAAGGACAAGAACUGGGUUAGCUCAAAAGCAAAAAACCUGCAUGAUGGAGGUGAAAAGGUAUCCCAAGGAGAAGAACCAAACAUAUUUGCCAUCUAUCAAGAAGGGAUAGGACCACAACACCCCAAGCGUGUUCUAGGGAUGGGUCAUGGGAGGCUUGGAGUGCGGCUGCCCGAGUCAUUCGACAUGGAUCUCUAUAGUGAAGCGAAUGGGGAACAUGGUCGAGUUGGUGAAACUCAUGAUAACGAUGCGUUCGAUGACGAGUCCGAUGAGGGGACUGCCGACGAGACUGCUGAUGCUGCAUGA